UUUUGCGGUUUGCGGUAGUAGGUGAUCUUUUGGUGGAUUUUCCGUGUUUUCUCUAAUCAUUUUCGCACUUUCACCAUUUUUUUGAAUGUUUAUAUUAUUUUGAAUAACUGAAACUCGUUACAAUUUUUUUUUAAAGUCGGCGUAUGUUAUUCGAAUAAAAUUUUUUGGAAUAUAGUUGUUUAUAGUCAAAGACAGGCAGUGUGUUUUUUGGACCGAUUGGUUUUUGUGAGGAAAUUUGUACCAGUUUUGGCGCAAGUUCAUUUGAAUCUACAACAAAUGGUGUAAAAGGCAAAUAUGGCAGCAGCUACAACAGUUUUUGUUGAAGACCUUUAGUGCGGACAAUGGGACAUUUUCAUAGAGCUCCUUCUUUACAUACUUUCCAGAAACAGAACUCGAGUCGCGCGCUCGCGCACCGCAUGCGUUGAUGGGCGCAGCAGCGGGCGGCGGGCGGGCGGCGCGGGCGCUCCGCCUGCUGCUACUGCUGGUGCUGGCGCUCGCCGCGGUCGAGUACUUAUUCGGAUCAAUCCUCGACGCUUCGCCACUCCGAACCUACCUCUACACACCACUGCAUAACGCAACGCAAUCCACUCUCAGGACUAGUGAUAAAACAUCACAAGUUUGGCCUAAAAAACUAACUCCAUCUGCUACGAUAGAGAACUCUUUGAAGAAUUCUUCCCAGAAAAUCGCCUUUUCUAACAGUACGAACAAAAACAAUUCAAGCAGAGAUAUAUCGAAUAUGACGCGCCAAAAUGUAUCAGAAGAUUUUAGUACACCGCUCCUGAUUACUAAAAUAAUGGAAGGAAUAAAAAAUCUGGUCACGACAGAAGAUGGCGAACUUAAAGUCUCUGAGCCUUCUUUGCCUCUUUGUGAUGAAAUGCCGUCUGAUUUGGGUCCAAUAUCAGUAAACAAGACUGAGAUAGAACUUGAUUGGGUCGAAAAAAGAUAUCCCGAGGUACAAGUCGGUGGAUAUUAUUCGCCACCGAACUGCACAGCUCGACACAAAGUCGCUAUUAUUGUCCCUUACAGAGAUCGCCAGCAACAUUUGGCGAUAUUCCUGAACCACAUGCAUCCGUUUCUGAUGAAGCAGCAAAUCGAAUACGGCAUAUUUAUCAUCGAACAGGAAGGAACUAGCGACUUCAAUCGUGCCAAGCUAAUGAACGUUGGGUUCGUGGAGAGUCAAAAGCAAAAGCCGGGUGGUUGGCAAUGCUUCAUCUUCCACGAUAUAGACCUGCUGCCUCUUGACUCUAGAAAUCUGUAUUCCUGCCCACGACAGCCUAGGCACAUGUCCGCUUCUAUUGAUAAAUUAAAGUUUAAGUUACCAUAUGAGGAUAUUUUCGGCGGUGUCUCUGCUAUGACUCUGGAGCAAUUCACCAAAGUGAACGGUUUCUCAAAUAAGUACUGGGGCUGGGGUGGGGAGGACGACGAUAUGUUUUAUAGGAUAAAAAAGAUGAAUUACCACAUAGCAAGGUACAAGAUGUCAAUUGCGCGCUACGCCAUGUUAGAUCAUAAGAAAUCCGCACCAAAUCCUAAAAGGUACCAACUCCUGUCCCAGACUAGUAAGACAUUCCAGAAGGAUGGUCUUUCGACACUCGAGUAUGAGUUAGUGCGCGUCACGCGGCGCCACCUCUACACGCAUGUCGUGACCAACAUUGACGAACGCAGCUGACGGACGUAUCUCGCCAAACUGUUGUUUGGCGAUAGGUAACACCCAUACGACUUUCGAAAUAGCUGCAGAUUUAUAUAACACUUAUUAUUUUAUGUGUCAUUUAUUUUAAGAUUAAUCGUAUAUUAUUAUUUUUUAUUCUAUUAUUUUUAUCUACGUUUAACAAUAGAUAAUAACAACUUUAAUCGAUUUAAGCUAAUCUAUUCGAUUAUAUUGCAUUUUUAUCAUUCGAUUAAAUUAUAUAAAGUAUUUUACUAUUGUUGAUUUGUUUUGAUAAAAUUUGCAGAUAUGUCGGAAUAAUCUUAUUAUCGUAUGUGGUUACCCAGAGUUGUUAUAAUCUUGCAAAUGAAUCGAUUACUAAUCAUAAAUGUUCCUUCGACGUCUAGUGAAAAGUUUGACACUUAGAAAAUAUUCCGUAAGCUAUUGUAAGAUUAUUUUCUCUUUUUUUUUUAAUCAUCUUCCCGUAAAAUAAAUGUUGAAGGAUCAAAUUCGAAAACAUGUUAUUAGUAUAAUAAGUAGAUAGGUACCUUGUAUUCUUAUAAUAUCACGUUUGAGCAACUGUGAUAGACUUUCAAAAUUUUUUUUUCUGAACAUAAGUAGGUAAUGAAAUAAUUAGAGUCUGCCACCUUUUCAUGAGUUAUACUUACAGUUAUAAAAAUUGGAAAUAUGGUAUUGAAAGUGGAUACCCAAGUUUCAAGUUGCUCGAACGUAAAAAAAAAUCUUGAUAGUUAAGUAAAAAAUAUACUAUGAUGUAAUCAAAGUAAACACGACUUCACAAUAUACAUAAUAUAUUCGUGUAAUUUUAAAGAUCACUAGUCUUUUGUUCACGUAUUUAUAUUUUUAAGAUUUAAAUAUUUUGGCUCAGGACAAUAAACAAUUUAACAAUUUUCCGUUUUACGUAACGUAUCGAUUUAUAUAUCAAUUAAUGUAUAAAUAAUUGUCGAUAAAAAUACAAAUUAAGACAAUACCGAUGAAUAUUUAGGGUAUUUCCAACUUUUUACCAAUAAAAUAAAAAUGAUAAUCUCUAUUUUAUCGAUAUUUAGGGUCAUCACUAACCAUAAUUUAAAAAACGAGAAUAAAAAGAAACCGCUUAUUGUCUCGCUAUUAUUAACAUAUUUGCAAUUUUAUAUCUAGUUGUAUUAAAUAUCUGUUUUUUUUUUAAAUAAAUGUUUUAUUGGCCUUUGUCAAGACCUAAAUUUUGAUAAAAUCGAGAUUGUACUCAAAUUUUAAUAAUUACGAUACAAUGUAAAAAACUGACACCUAGGAAUCUUCGUAAUGUAUCUAUAAUCAUAAGAAUAGUUAAUUGCCAUUCGCGGCCUAAAAGUAACAAGAAGUGGAUUGUGAUGUUUUAUGUUCUUUUUCCUGUUAAACAAUUGCUUCAUCAUAAUUAUGAAAAUCAUAUUCAUCAUUAUAAUUAUCAUAAUCAUAUCACUCAUAGACUUGUAACAACAUACAUUUUGAUUACGUCGACAAAACAGGGACCUUCGAAACGAAUUAACGAAAACUGUUUAAGCGCACCAUUCACCUAAUGGAAUUACAUUGUGUUAAAUAGACGCUAUUACGAAACUCAAUUUCUUGCCUAUUACAACAUAUAACAUUUAAUUUUGAAAAAAUCAAAGAAUUAAAAAAUUGUGAUACAGGCAACUUGAAUCUCUCGCAUACGAUCUAUAUUUCACUAUGUACUAGGCAAAAUAUUUAGAACGACGCCUCUUAUAUACAUAAUUAUUUUAAUUGUAUUUAUCAUCUACAUAUAUUAUUUUACUUUAUUAUUUAUUUAUUGUAAUUUUUGUCUAUCUGCAGGCCCAUCCGUAUCAGCAUAUUAUAGCUCUAAAAAUUAUAUUUUGUAUUACUUCAUUCAGCCUUAAAAACAGAACGAGCGAGUGUAACUACUUGUAUAAAACACAGCGUAAGAAGUGACCUAUAUUGUAAUGUGUAUGCGAGUACCUUAAAAAAAAAAUAUUUUGUUUAAUUGACAAAAAUCCUCUUAAAAUAAAAAAAAACUUCUUAAAAUGUAUAAUUUUUAUCUGUGCUGAAAUUAUUGAUAUCUUUAUCAGAUUUGACAGUUGGAAAAUUAGCCUAAACAUAUCGAAUAUUACGUCAAUAUCUUAUAAUAAAGCCAAAUAUAUAUUAUUAUUUUUUAUAAACUGUCAAAAACUGUCCUGUCAAGUUAUGUCAAAUGUGGUUCUUUUUUAAUCUAAGUGUAUAUUAGUGUACUUAUUAUAAUUAGAUAUUUAAGAUUAAAAUGUAAAUAGUUCCAUGUUAAAUAGACUUAGGCAAAUCAUUUUUGCUGAUAACUAAAUAUAAAUGACUUCUGUAUCUGAGUAUCCCUUAACUGCAGUUUAAUUUUAUGAUCUAAGUCGAAUCGUUAUUAUUGUGAUAAAAGUGAGAUUGUAACGGUAUUUUAGUAGCAUGCUUAUUCAUUAAAUUUUAGUUUUAAGGGGCUUUUAAAUGUGAUACGAAAUUAUAUGGAAUUAAUGUAACAAUUAACCAUUGAUAGAAGACUUCUAUCUGACAACUAGUGGUGUUGUCUACACCACUAGUUGUCAGAUAAUCUUAAAUGUUAUGCUGAUUGACAGCGCAGCAAAUAAAGCGCAGCGAUGCAGUGAAAGUCCGUAUACAAUUAAUGUAAAGAAAAAAGUGGCGAUACCGUCAAUACACGAUACACCGAUUCCUAUAUGACAUCACACCCACUUAGCAUUAACAAAAUUAACACAGAAUUAUAGAUUAUGGGCUUGAAUUAAAAGAGACAAACGAUCGCUUUGUUUCUUUCAAAAUUUCAGCCCGUAUUUAAUUGAUAGUUUCAUGGGGCACGUACGUUCUUUCCAUUUGUUUAUCUAUGACCGAUAUUAAUUUAACAAUUUAAACUUUUAUAAAGAUUCAAAAUUGUUUUUUAUUCUUUUUUUAAUCAUAUUGGCCAAAACCUUAGAAUUUGCAACCGAACAGUUUCCUACAUGAUCAACUGGCACAGAUAAACGCCAUAAAAAUAUUUAAAAAGAUCCGAUCAAGUUUCAAAUUAACUGUUUCUACUUUUCUAUCAAUGGUUGGUUUUUCACGUAGGCCUAUAUAUAUGUAUGAUUAUUCAUUUUUGUAUAAUUCCAUAACUGAAAUGCUUUUAAUAUGCUUUUAUAGAAAUUAUAUUUUGUACAAUUAAACUUGUUCUAGUGAUUAUAAUCAUUAUAUUUAACUAUGUUUGUGAAAUCAUAAAAUUAAAAUAUAAAAACUGCUUUAGUUGGUAUUAAAUAUAUUUUUUAAUAAAAAUCUAUGUAAUAAAAAAUAUUCAUUUUAGUGUAAUCUGGAAAAUACGCAAUGUUUGCUAUUUAGAUAAGUAGUAUGGCGUCCAAAAAUUUUAUUUUUUUAAAAGCUUUAUCUAUAAAUUUAUUUAGAAUUUUCGUCAUGGUCUGUUAUCGUUAUCAAAACCAACAACAGCUUUGAACAAAGGCUAUUAACCACAUGUAGGUUUUAAUAAAACGUAAUGAAUGGACAAAUUUUAAUUAUACAAAUAUUGAAUCUAUUAUUUUGUAAUAAUUAAAUUACAUUGCAAAAUUUUACAUAAUUACUUUUUUAAUGUACUUUUAUAUUCGAAUUAUAGAAAGUAUUUGUUUUAAACAUUUAAAUAAAUAGUCCAUUUAUUUGUUAUUAUAUUACUGCCAUAAAAUACCAUUUUGUGUCGUAAAAAAUGGAAUACUAAAACUAUGUUGUUGUUCCUUUUUCAAAUUAAAAAAAAAACGCUUUAGAAUAUCUUUUCACUGUAGAUAUAUUGAAAUAGCAUUUUAUACAUGCAAAUUAAUAACUAAGUCUUAAUUGUACAGACUUCGCUUAGCCAUCCAAAUGUAAUGUAGAAAAAGUAUAGACUUUUUAGAUAGAUUUGAGUUACUUAAAAUAUAA